CCUCAAAACUUCAACCCUGCGGAUUUCUAUAUUCACACCCUGGCGGUGGUUCCUAGCCGUGAGCAGGAAUGUAAACUGACAGUAAAGAAAAUAUCAGAUGCGUUUUGAGACUUCAUCUCACCAUGCAGCGAUCAAGGAUACGAUUGCAACUGAGAAUGCAAACCCAUCGAUCAUUGAUUUUGGUGAAACCUUGGCACACAAAUCCCCGUACAAGGCCAGCUGGUUGUCACAGUUCUCCACAUUGUUACAACGAUCCUUCGUUAGUAUCAUGAGAGAGCCACUUGUCGUGAAAGUGAGAACAUUUCAGACUGUGUUUGUUGCACUGUUGCUGGGGCUAGUCUACCUGCAACAGGAUCUAGACCAGGAGGGCAUUCAAAACAUCACUGGUGUUCUUUUCCUCUUCUGCACGAACAUGACAUUUCAAAACUUGUUUGCCGUCAUCAAUGUUUUCUGUGAAGAAAGUCUGGUAUUUAUGAGAGAGCACUUCAAUGGGUGCUAUAGAGUUGACACAUACUACCUGAGCAAGAUGAUCGCUGAGGUACCAUUCUUCAUCUUCAUUCCUAUGCUGUUCACUUUGAUUUUAUACUGGAUGAUUGGUCUGUAUUCGAGUGCUAGUGCUUUCUUCACCUGCAUGGCUCUUGUGGUGCUUGUGACGAAUGUAGCAACAUCGUUUGGAUACAUGAUAUCUUGUAUAUCCGUCGACCCCCAGCUGACCUUUACUGUAGCAUCGCCCCUGCUAAUUCCACUUCUGAUCUUUGGCGGCUACUACUUAAAUGCAGAGUCAAUUCCAGUCUAUUUUAUAUGGCUUCAGUACUUGUCCUGGUUCAAAUAUGCCAAUGAAGCGCUGAACAUCAACCAGUGGAUAAACAUUGAUAGCAUAGAAUGUGGAACAAACAACAGAUCAUGCAUUAGAACGGGAGAGGAAGUGCUUGACCAAUUCAACUUCAAGAAGGAUAACAUGGGUUUCGACAUCGGCUUGCUGUUCGUGCUGAUAUUUGGCUACAGGCUGAUUGGAUACCUUUUGCUCUUGCUGCGGACCAGAAAAUCCAACUAACCUCCGUGCUCAGAACGCCGGCAGGCAGCCCAACCAGGCAGCGCCCCGCGAUCAGUAACCAGACAGACUAUUUCACGUAUAGCUAGCUAGUUAGCUAACAGUGAGUCUGACUCACUCGUAAAUGGAUGAUGAAUAAAUGAAAUGUGUAAUUGCAUUUGUGUGGAUGUGAAACAUCUAUCGUUAGCAGCGAAACUAUGCAGGGCCUUUAACGCACGUGUCAUUCUGCGUCCAUCUAAAUGAUGUCAAUUACACGAAUUUUCUGCGUUUAUUAAAAUCUGAUGCAAUGUAGUAAGAAUCAUGCGAUUCGAUCCCCUGCGGUUCGUGGCGCGAAAUGGUUGAACAGUGAGUAUGACGUGGUAGUUUAAUGUAGAGUGUGUUUUGAUGUCGUAUGAUUCUUUGUGUGCCGCCAUGCCAUUAUGAUCACGUUCAGUGAUUCGACACGCGGCAUUUUGCCCGACCAUUUAGCUGUCACAUCUACAAAAGAACUGGAAAUACGCCGGUUCGGAAACAGCAAGAGUUAAUGUGUUAGUUUUGUGCGUGCACUUACCAAACUAUGCAGAGUAAGGGGCAGCAUUGUUUCCGUUACUGACACCGAAAUCACGUGGAAGUCUUACAAUUUACUAGUUUAGAAAGUAGACAUGAAAUUUCCGUUUGCCUAUCGAUCUGUAUUCUGAAAUAGUAUUGUGAUAAGUGUAUUAAUUACGCAGACAAUAAGUGAAAGUAAAAUUGCAUAUUGAGAUCUGUACGCGGCAACGUUUCUGUAUUGUUAGUGCAUUAGGGCAUUAGUUAGUGUACGUUGCUAUCCAUUGGUCACAGCCUAUAGUUUGGUUCUAUAGUCUUCAUAGUCUAUUUAUCUGAUUGUUGAAAUAGCAGAUGAAAUGUUAUUUAUGUGUACUAUGAAUUAAAAUGUCCUAUUGACAUUUCUAAACGUGAUACUUUAAUAUAAUGUCGAAUUUUGUUACCAAUCAAAAUACCACCUGUAACUGUUUGAUAGUCAGUCACUAUAUCCCGUAUAUAUUAUUAUUGUUGCAUGUUGCGCCUACUUUAUUGUACGUAUAACAAUAAUUGUUUUGAUAUCUGUGAAAUAGUAUAAUUUUAUAUACAUGAAUGCACGAAUUAAUAUAAUGUAUAAUAAAUCGUCAUGAA